UCAAGGCGUCAUUUACUGGUACAUUAGGGAACAGCGCAGUUACAUCAAACGAUACGAGUACUUCCCCUCGCCGAAGUUCGAUAUCUUUCAGGUGCUCCACCAAUUCAACCGAAUUACGGACGCUUCUCCCAUGGGUUACAGGAUAUUUUCUCAGUUCAUGAACUAGCCAAGCAGCCAUCUUCUCGGUAGGAGUCGAGACGUUGGAAGAAAUUGACCGCAUUCCUACUGGAUUCUUGUGAAUCUUCGGCAAACAGUAGAGGGACGCUACCUUUGGGUUGGGUACGUGCAAUUUCCUUUCCAGACAGUCUUCUCCCACCAAACGCGCUACUUUCUGACGGGCGACGGUAGCUUCUUCAAUCAUCGCAUUGAGGGGAUCUUUGGGUUUUCCAUUCUUGAAUCUGCACUCUUCAUAUGGGCCAUCGUCGAUCAUGUCAAGAACACGAGAAUUCACAAGAAUCCAGUAGGAAUGCGGCCAAUUUCUUCCAACGUCUCGACUCCUACCGAGAAGAUGGCUGCUUGGCUAGUUCAUGAACUGAGAAAAUAUCCUGUAACCCAUGGGAGAAGCGUCCGUAAUUCGGUUGAAUUGGUGGAGCACCUGAAAGAUAUCGAACUUCGGCGAGGGGAAGUACUCGUAUCGUUUGAUGUAACUGCGCUGUUCCCUAAUGUACCAGUAAAUGACGCCUUGAAUAGCCUGCAAAGGCAUUUAGAACGAUGUCGAGUGCCCCAAAACCAAAUUGAGGCUUAUCUUUUGGUGGCAGAAGUUUGUAUGAACCAGAACUAUUUCUCAUUUAGAGGGAAGUUCUACAAGCAGACUUUCGGCCUCAGCAUGGGGAGCAAACUCUCUCCACUCCUGGCGAACCUCUUUUUGAGUGACUUCGAAGAUGGAUUAGAGAAAGAAAGGUGUUUUCCUCGAGUCUGGAGACGCUAUGUUGACGAUGUCUUCGCAGUAGUCAAAGAGCGGUAUUUGUCGCAGACGCUUGAACUACUGAAUUCACGACAUAGAACUAUCAAGUUUACGGUAGAGCAAGAAGCAGAGGGUAAACUGCCCUUCCUUGACUUGAUGAUCUCGAGGAGGGAAGAUAAUAAACUGAAGUUUGGAAUAUAUCGAAAACCAACCUCCACGGAUCGGUAUAUAACAUCAGACUCCAAUCACUUCGGAGCCCAGCAAAAAGCAGCUUUCCACUCCAUGGCCCAUCGUCUCUACAACAUUCCCAUGGAAAGAGAUGAUUUUGUCGAGGAGAGGAACAGGAUCCACAAAGCUGCUGAGUUGAAUGGGUACGAAAGAGAGUUUGUGGACAAAAUUUUAAGAAAGCACGAGAGGAAGAAACACAGGAGUAAUGCUACGACACUGCGGCCAGAAAAGACGGAUGUGAAAAGGAUUAGCCUUCCCUUUUACCCAAAGCUGACCAACCCAAUCCAAAGGGCCCUCAACCAUCACGGAUUUCAGGUGGUAUACAAGAGUAGCAACACCUUGAAGGAUGCGUUGUGCAAUCUGAAAGACAGAGUCCCAGCCGACGAAAAAUCCGGAGUUUACCAGAUACCGUGCCAAAACUGCCCAGCGGUAUACAUUGGGCAAACACGCCGUAAGUUUAAAACUCGUCUACGCAAACACAAGAACGCGGUGGAACAUGGAAGGACUUGUGAUUCGAGUGUGGCAAUGCACGCCACGACGCUGGGACAUACUGUAGAUUGGGAGCAAGCGAAACUGCUUAAAAAUGUCCGAAAAGUUACACAACUGAUCGCAUGGGAAUCCAUGUAUAUAGCUACUGCCGACCGCCCAUUAAUGAAUGAAGACGAUGCCCCAAUUACGUCCUCCCUUUUCCACUUGACCAAGCUGAGAAUUCAGUAAAAUACAAGCUUCACGACGAAUACUGCAUACAGUAGGAUUGUAGUAUUAGUUUUCUACGUAGUCAGUCGGACAUCGUCCUGUCGAUGGGCAACAACGAGCCCGAAACCGGUCGACUCAAAAGGGUAAUUUUAUCUCCUUUUUAACGUUGUAAGAAUAAUAAGUGUUGUGUUCCGUCUCGCGUCGCGUCUUAUUAGUGUUGUCGAGGUUCUUACGUUA